GCAGACACGAGGAGGAGGAGAGGAAGAAGGAGGGAGUGUGGAAGGGAGGACAAGAAGGCAACUUUCCCCAGAGCAUCCCUUCCUUUGCAAAGCAGGAGCCCAUGAACUGCAGUGAGAGCAGGCGCCUCCAUCGCCUCCUGAUCCGCCUCUGGAAGGAGCUGCGCCCUGGAGAUGCCAACAGCAGCAGCACCAGCCCCAUGCUGCCCACCCCUCCCCUGGGGACGCCUGAGGCCCAGGGAAAGGCAGCAGCAGGAGGAGGAGGAGCAGGCGAGGACGAUGCUUACCUCUACAUCCUCCUGAUCAUGAUCUUCUAUGGCUGCCUGGCUGGGGGUCUGAUCCUGGCUUACACCAGGUCGAGGAAGCUGGAGUCCAAGCACGACCCUUACCAUCUCUACAUUGAGAGGGACUGGAGAGGAGGAUCAGGAGCAGCAGGAGAAGAAGGAGGAGGAAGAAGAGAAAGAAGGGGAGAGGAAGAAGGAGGAAGGAGAGAAGGAGAAAGAGGAGGAGGAGGAGAGGAAGGAAGAAGAGAAGGAGGAGAAAGAAGAGGAGGAGAAGUGGGAGAGAGAAGAGAACCCUGCUAUUGACUCCAUCUACAGUCAAUGUGUUGAAUCAAUGGGAUUGAACUACAUUUUCUUAUUUCUGCUACAAGAGCCUUGGAUGUAAACCUUGCUGUUGACUCCCAACUACAGUCAAUGCAUUGAAUCAAUGGGAUUCAACUAAUUUUUGCUGCAAGAAACAUGGCUGUAAACUUCAUGGUUUCUACAAUGUCGAUUCACCCUGGGCCAUGCUUUUCCUCCUUUCCAGACCUCUUCUCUCUCUCUCCUUCUCACCCCUUCUUUUUCCCCUUCUCUCUUUCUGCCUUUGGAUUUGGGGAUUUUGUUUGGCCCUUGUGAAGAGAUACCUAAACCCAGCAUUUGCCAUGGGCAAUUUUUUGGGGCAAAUACAGUAAUAUUGUGGGCUGCAGAGGGAUCAAAACUUCGGUCCCUUCACCCAGGUUCCUCCUUUAGCUGUUGUUUUGAAUCCACAGGCUGAAAAAGCUGGGAACUAGGCAUCCCUUUCAGCCUCAUAUGGUCAAAGCAGGAGGAACACCAGCCCUGGGCAAAGUCAACUUGACAGCAAGAGGAGGGUCAAGGGAGAAGACAAACAAAACUCAAGCCCAGCCUAGUUUUCCAAUUCUGUUUUUCCUAUUUCCAAGCCAGCUGCAGGUUAGGAGGGACUUCGGGAUGAAAAACUUCAAGAAGGGGGUGCAAAAGAACUUGGAAACGCUAUUUUGGGAUCACAAAAGAAUCCUGAAACAAGCAAGGCACAAAAGAACUUAGAAAGCGAUGCCCAAAGCCCUCAGACCCCAAUUUUUUAGAAAAAUCAAGUGAUUUUUCAUUCCCUUGUGGCUCAAAACUGCAGCAGUUUUACCCCAAAGUCCCCCAUAUAGUUUUUUUAAAGGCCAUAUAUUAUCUGGAUUUGAAACUAGAAGUGCUGCGAUGUCCUUUUUGGGUAUACUGGUGUGUCCUGUUUUUGGGGGUAUUGAAAACUGGCACUUGUCCUUUAUUCUGAUCUCCAGUCACUGAUAGGAAGGAGGUAAGAGCUGGACAGGGAAAUGUCAAAGCUGCAUUAGGCCUAAAGUGGCUUUCCCUUGCGUUUGUUGGAGAUUUGAAGGGUAUACUUUCAGUGCAUUCCCCAAAUUACUGUUUUUGUGGUUCAGGGGGACAGAAAUUGUCUGUCCUGCUGGCCACAUAUUUCAAAAUUUCAAAAUGGGAAUGCAAAGGAAAAUAUCACUUCUGGGUUGCACCAAGGUGGCUUGCCAAGGGCCAGGAGGAAAUAGGUGCACAUGGCCCUCCAACCCUUGAGCCAGCUGUAGUUACUCCGCAUUACGUUGAGAUCCUAGGUGUAUGUAUGGGAAUAGAUAUAUCAACAGGUAAAAAUAAAAUACUGAAGUGGCUAUCUUGUA